CAGUUUCCUCCCAUCUGAGAUGGGCACCUGAGCCCUUAUGGAGCUUUAGGGUAGGAUCUUAUGCUUUGUAAACUGCUGAAAUAUUUUUAUUUCACUUUUAGUGUACAAUCAGCUGUUAAAUGAAGACUUUUAGCUGCUCUUCUUGGUGAGAAAAAGGAGCACAGGAGGGGAGGAUCUGCUGCAUUAAUAGCAUCUGCCUGAACUUUCCCUGUCUCGUGUUCCUGCAUUAAGUCUUUGCACACGGGGGCGAGAGGACAAUGUCAAAUUGAAACCUGAAAGCCUCUGCUGAGCAUCUCCCAGAUGUAGCUGCAGGGAUGAGGUCUCAGAUACGACAAUGCCUCUUCAGGUUAGACUCCGUUUAAAAAAUGCAGAAACUCAUGUCCUGGCGUGUUUUUGUUUUCUUACACAAGUUCAAGGACUAUGCCCAAAGUGCAAGCGGGCACUCUGGUCCUGAAACCCGGCAGGCUUUGUCACUCAUCCCAAAAGCGCCAGAGAGGUGAGAUGCUGAGCCCAAAGGAGGAGGAAGAUGACUUGGGAGGGUGACCGUGGUGGCUUGAUCCCAGCGCUGAUGGCAAUGCGCCCUGCGGAGUGCUGUGGCGAGGCAGGGCCCUCGACCCUCCCGACCGGCAGGGCAAGCAGGGUGGGGACGUGCUUGGCUUGGUCAGGAGCUGAGAUAGUUUCGCUUCCCUUUGCAUGAAUGACACAAUUUUUCACUUCUCUUCAGCAGAACAGCAGCAGGAAGGGAGUAUGUGUGACUGCAGAGGGGAGCUGAUUUUCAUGCCAGCUUGCAUCGCUGAGUGAUGUAAUGGCAGAAGCUUUCAAUACCUUCUCGUUCUGGUGAUCAAAGAGCCUCCAAGUCCUGGCAGUUUUACCCUAAAACCUUCAGUAAAUGCACUAGGAUGGGUCAGCUGCUUAUACCGCUGGCCUCAGGUGCGUGCAUCUCCCGUGGGUCCCCGCCGGAGGCCCGCAGCCCCGCCGCACGCUGCCGGCCGAAGCCGCCCCCUGCGGGCAGCAGGCCUCAAACCCGGCCUGGGCAUGGCGGGUGGACGAGGGCGGCGGGAGGCAGCGGCCGGGGGAAGUGAGAUCGCUUCUGCGGCUCUCCCCGGCCCACUUCCUCCUCAUUUAUGUUGUGUGCGCUGGCAGAGGUGGGAGCAGGGAGAGCGGAGACCACAGGGACGGAGCCGCCCAUGCUGGAUCUGGCCCGGGGCCGGCGCUGCCCGCUGGGAAGAGGAUGUGGCCGAGCCACUGACCGGCUCCCCUCUUCCCUUCCUUCCCACGCUGUGCUUCCAGAAACGCGCUUUUGCUUUCUACUAAGACCUUCUUGGCCUUCCUCUGGGCCCCUUGGGGGAUGCUUGCUCCCUUCAGGCACUGGGGCUCCUCUCUGGCAGCGGUGCCGCGGGCUCCUGCUUAGAGUGCAGGUCCUGGGCCAAAUGCUGGCGGCUCACCUGGGCCCCUAGUGCUGGGCUCAUGGCACGGUGCCGGUCUGGUGGGUCGUUUCCUUCCCCACAGGUGUCAGUGUGAGAACUGGUGCCUCACUGCAGAGGCAGGCGAGCAAGCGAAGCCCCGCGCUCCCUUCAGAGCAGCUUUGGAAAGUGAUACCCAGAGUUAAAGACCCCUUUGGAUCCCCUCUUUUCACCAAAAAACCCAGAGUGAGCUGGGAGGCUCCUGCUGGCUGCAAAUAGGGGAGCAAAGGAGCUGGCAGAGGAGGCUGCUUCGACCCUUGGGGCACCACCUGACUUGGUGGCACUGCGUGGAUGUCAUCGAAAGUUCUCCCAGGAGCCUCUGGAUCAAUGGGGAACGGUGUAUGGUCGCAGGAGAGCCGCUGCUGAGAUGGAGGCCCUGCUGCCCGGUCUCUCCCUGCUUCUGGUCCUGCUGGCAGCGGGAUGGGGAAAUGGGGUGGGCGCAGCCUGGGCGGUGUCUCCUGGCGGCUGCAAGCAUGUGCAGAGCACCGCAGACUGCACUGGGAGAUGGCUGAGCUCUGUCCCAGGAAAUCUUCAAGGUGAUAUCGAAGAGCUGUUGCUCAAUGACAACACUAUCCAGGUCCUGGGCUAUGCCUCUCUGCUCCCGUACCCCCAGCUGAAGCAUCUCAGCUUGUCCAAGAACCGGCUGAAGCUCAUCGAGCCUGGUGCCUUCCUGGACAGCCAAGGCCUCCACGUGCUCUCCUUGGCAGACAACCUCCUCUUCACCAACUACUCGCAGACAGCAGCUGCUCUUUCUGCUUUGCCAGCCUUGCGGACACUUGAUCUAUCUGGAAACUGCCUCACUGAGGACAUGUUAUCGGUUUUGCUCCUGAAUCUGCCAUCCUUGGAGUCCUUGUCAGUGGCCAGGAACAUUAUCAUGAGGCUGGACUCGUCUGUCUUCACCAACUUGACGCAGCUUUUGGAGCUGAACCUGGAGAAGAACUACAUCUUUGAGAUUGACCAAGCUUUUGAAGGGCUGCAGAAGCUGCAGAGGCUCAACAUAGCUUAUAACUACAUGCCAUGCAUAGUGGACUUCGGCCUGACCCAGCUCAAGGUGCUCAAUGUCAGCCACAACAUUAUCGAGUGGUUUCUGGCCUUUGAAAGUGAUGAUCUCUUUGAACUGGAGGUGCUGGACCUGUCCCACAACCGGCUCCUAUUUUUCCCUGUGCUGCCCCGGCAGAGUAAGCUGCACUCCUUGCUGCUGAAGGACAAUGAGAUGAGCUUUUAUCAGCGUCUUCCCAACGGCACUUCCCUCGCCGAUGUCACCGUGCAGUUCCUGAUCAUUGAUGGCAACUCCACCAACAUUACCACGGUCAACCUCUGGGACGAGGUCUGCUACAGCAACCUCUCCUCCCUGCGCCUCCUGGACAUGAGCCAGAACCAGUUCUGGUACCUGCCGGAGGGCUUCCUGGCCAAGAUGCCCUCCCUGACCCACCUGAAGCUCAACCAGAACUGCCUGGAGACAUUCCACCUGUCAGAGGAGGAUCCCUUGGCCAUGCUGACGGACCUUGACCUCAGCCAGAACCAGCUUGUGGAGCUGCAGGUGGGUGCCGGGGCCAUCCUGCCCAGCCUGCAGCUCUUCAACCUCAGCACCAACAGGCUGCGGGUGCUUCCUGCUGAAGUCUUCACCUACACCGGGAAGAUCACUACAGUUGACCUCAGCCGCAACCGGCUUGACCUGUGUCCCCAGCAGGCUGUUGCAAGCGAGGUGGAGAGUCCUCCCUGUGUGGACAUCAGGGGAAUCGAGACCUUGAAUCGCCUCUACUUGGCUGGCUGUGGUUUGCGGGGACUGGACGGCCAGCCCUUCCGAGGGACAUCACUGACACACCUGGACCUCUCUGACAACCAGCAGGCCCUGUCUGGGGACCCGGGGUGGCUUCAAGACCUUGCUGCCACGCUACGGGUUUUGUCCCUCCGGAACACCAGCUUCUCCUCCUCUGUGGUGGACUUCUCUGCCUUACAGAGCCUCGUGGCCUUGGACUUGUCAGGGAAUUCACUGACCGCACUUCCCAGGACUCUGAGCGCGGUCAAGCUGCGCAGCCUCGACCUCCGGGACAACUGCCUCCCGGCUCUGCCCACGGACGUGGCACGGAUGCCCCUGGUGAGGAGCCUGCAGGAGCUCUACCUCAGCCACAACCCCUACAACUGCUGCACGCUGGGCUGGUGGGAGUCCCUGCAGCGCGUGGAGCAGCUGCGUGUCCCCGACGGGCGCGAGGUGACCUGCAGCUAUGACUCCAGGACGCUGAGCGCCCGGGCGCUGCCCGAGACUGUCCUGCGGGCCUGCCGCUGGAAGGUGGCCAACCUGGCCCUCCUCUACCUGGUGCUCGCCCUGCCCACCUGCCUGACGCUCCUGGUGGCUUUCGCUGUGGUCUUCCUCAUGCUCAAGCAAAAGCUGCUAAAAAUGUUGAAGAGCCGAUGCGGGGCAUCCAGCCCUUACUGAUGGAUGGGGACGAGGAGGAGAAAGGGCCAGUGGCACUCAGGAUGGUGAGCGUAGGCGAGACCUCGGCCAUGAGACGGAGCGGCUGAGAAGCAGCGUUUUGGUGCUGCUGCUCUGGGCACGUCCUCGCCCCUAGGCUACCCGUCGGGGAAGUGCUUUCCUCCAUAUAGGGUGGUUGCUUUUAUUUAUUGGCCCUGCCACAGCUGCCCUCCACGUGUGCCCACAGGACGUGCCCAGGGGCCAAUGCACCACCCUGGCACGUGUCUGCAGGGCGCUGGCACUGCUGAAGCCUCUGGUUGACUCCUGGUGUGAGCUGUGAAACCCCAAAGCCGCCCCGGUGCUUGGAAACUUCCAUGGCGAACAUUUUGCAUUUGUGGGUUCUGGAGGGCAAGGGUUGAAAUCUAUGUGCAGAAGGUGAAAGAAGUAAGAGCAAGAGCUCUGUCUUGCUGGAUUUGUCACUGAAACUUCAGCCUGGAUGUCUCUGUGGGAUGUAUCACUAAAAAAAAAAAAGGAUUGAAACGGUGAUGGUGCCCCAAGCAGAACAGUCCCCAACCCCAUCCCACGCUGCCCUGGUUGUGGCACUGCUGCUGGCAGUGCCCAGCAUGGUGGUGAGACAAGGUGGUGUCAGCGGGGCAUUUUGGUGUUUGGUGCUUGGAUCCUGGCUAAAAGAGCCCCUUGGAAAGAACCUCAAGUUGCUAUAAUGUAAAAUAUUGACCAAAAGACACAAGAAUAAAUUAUACUGCCAGUACUGUUUUUAUCAUGUUUAUCUUUCCUGGCACCAGUCGUGGCGUGCCCUGUGAUAAAUGGGGCAAGCAAAACCUGUGGGUGCAGAAACCCCAGCGUGGAGCCAUGGGCAGGGAUGCUGCAGGAGGGGAGCCAGCUUAAUGCUGGAAAGACUCGGGAAAGACUCUCAAAUCCACCUCAGGAAACGGCUGUUUUCUGGCCCUAUUUCAGACAGAAAUAGCCAGAGCUGAAUCAGGUGCCAGCUGGGGAAUCCCUCAUGGCUGUAGCCCCACGGGCUCCAGCCUUGGUGGAUGGAUGUGGAUGUGGAUGUGUCCUUCCACUGCAGCUGCUGCUUCUCCUUUUGGCAGGGUGCCGGGGGGCACGGCCACGUGCUGGGGUGGCAACUGGGUGGCCGCUGCUGCCCAUUGUGUGUGCAUUGGGAUUGGGAGCAGUCAGCGUGGGUUGGCCGAGGGGAAGCAGCCUGAUCAGUAGGCGACAGGAGCGGUGGGCGCCUUCAGCUCAACUGCAGCAAGGCUUUCAGCGCUGCCUCCCCUCCUGUCUUUCCAGAGCUGAGCGAGGAUGUUGUGCUCUGGGUGGGUGGGCAAGCAGGAAGGUAAAAUCGGUUGGGUGAGCAGGCAUGGAGGUAGCUGGGAUUUGGUGAUAUGCACGUGAAAAGCUGGUGCAGGAACGGGGUUUUAAUAAAUAGGCAUUGAGAGGUGCCAGUGUCACUCAAGAUACAAAACUCAGAGUGGAAGCACAAUGUCCAUGCAGCCUAAAUUAACAUAAAUGAGCUUGCUGUGGGAGGUGUGUGAGAAAAAGAGAUUUGAUGAUGAGCAAACCUAGAGCCCAUUUAACAAAAAAAAUAUACCUUGACCCAACAAGGCAGUGAAACAAAAUGUCACAUCAGCAUGCCUCCAGGCCAGACUCUGCAGCCGGGUUCUUGCAUCAUCACGGGUAUUUUUGCUGGCCCAUCGCACCCCUGGAGGAAACUCCAAGGCACUCUUGGCGAGGCUGAGACGUCAUUUCGCUCUGCUGCUCUAAUCCGGGGAGGAUCAUAUAUUAUUUUUUUUCUUUAGAGGAAAGCAAGGGAAGUUGUUUCAACAGGGGAAGGCACCCCAGUAGCACUGAGGUAAUGCACCCACGCUGUCUGCCCCCUCCAACGGUGGCCUCUGCUGAGCUAAUGCCACGGUGUUACCAAAAUCUUCAAAGCAGGAGUUUUGCAGUGAGAACAGGUGAGACUUAACACCAUGCUUUAAUAUUUCUGUGAUGCCCCGUGCCACCUGUGCCUUGGAACGGGGGCAGAUCUUUCACCCCGUGUGCUGUGGCAGCCCUUCUGCCCAGCACGGAGGCUGUGACGCUUCCGCAGUGCCCUGGGAGCGACGGCUGGGAUCUUCCCGAGGAGCAGACCAAAGCUGCCGGGCUUUCUCUGCAGCAAGGAACCGCUUGCUCUGUGGCCACAGAGGAGAUCAUUGUCUCUGCUACACCAGUGGCAUGCAGUCAGAGAGAGCAGAGUUGAAAACAGAAAAAAACACGUGGAGCCUUAUCUGAUGUACAACGGGGGCUGCUGCUCGGCACAGCCACCAUCUUAUCACUGCGCUCAGUAGGAAGGCGGCU